AUGUCGAGCCCGCUUCUUGCUCUUCCAUCAGAGCUCUUGGAGCACAUCAUGCAUCACGUUGCUGGAGAGAUCAGAUUUCGCACUGGGAGAGAUCCAUCUCGCCUCCGAUCUCUUGUGGCAGUCUCGCAGACCAGCAGACGGCUUCACUCAUCUGUCGAACCAUUUCUGUAUAGGCAAUUCUCGUCGUACUGGUCCCCUAGAAGGGUACGACACUUCUUACGCGCCAUUUGUGAAACCCCGCGACUUAGCAAGCAUUUACAAGUCGACGGUCUGAAAACAAGAGAUGUGCCCGAUAUCCGGCCAGAUCUGGAUGAUUACCAGUUGUAUCGCGAGGCCAUGAAACAAUUUUCAGAGUGGGAGCUUCACGAUGCUCUACUUGAUGCCCUGUCCAGGGGCUGCCUUGACGCCACAGGAAUCCUCGUACUAUUGCUGACUACCAAUAUUCGGCAACUGCGUCUAGAACCCGAUGCUCGUGCAAAAUGUUCCGGUCCACGAAUCUUGGACGGCUUCGUCUCUUUCCUGGCAUGGUCAAGCUCGGUGGGACGUAUGAACUAUAGGAAUUUAAAAGAAAUCUCGGUCGAAGCUAUAACAUGGCGUUCUUCGGGGGGCGACCCGAGCGUUCGACUUCGAUGCGAUUCCAUUCUUCAGCUGAUGCGCCUACCAAGUCUCAGACGUCUUACAGUCGAUGCUGGAGUGGUGUCAACAAGCCUUCUGGCGUCUGAUGUAGGCUUCUCACGUGUGUCACAUCUCUGCCUGCUGAACCGUUACGGCCAUGAUCCUCUCUGGCUUUGUCACUUGGUCAACGCCUGCAGCUCACUGAUCCAGCUCAAACUUGACGGGAUUGAAGACAUACCAUUGUUCAGCGCGACUUUGCAGCGGCAUAGGGAUACACUCGAGGAGCUGUCAGUCGUCUAUGCCGAAUCUUGCACCUUCGAACUGUGUGACAUACAGGCAUUCAAGCGGCUACACCGUCUGGAGCUGCAAAGAUGCCCGCUCUCUAUCACUGAAGAGCAUCCCAUUUGUGACGCUCUUCGACUUCCAACGCUUCCAGCUACACUCAGGCAUCUUGCCAUACAARCCGGCGGGUGUUUGGAUGACGUGCUCGCAUCUGUUGCUCAGAACCUUCAACAGUUUUCAGCGGGGCUGGAGAUCCUCACCGUUUCCUGCACGCUUUUCUCAACUGAAAAUGCAAAGUACCUMGAUCUGAUCCAAGAACUGAAGACUGGGAACGCAAAGGUUCCGUCAAAGCCUGGAAUCGAUUGGAUCAUAUCUAUUCGGGAGGAUUCAUUGGAUCUUGUUUUCCAGUGCCUCAAAGGAAAGAAGACCAUCAGCGAGACCGCCUCUGAUGUCGUUCACGUCGCGAACUCCUCGGGUGUAUCACAUUUGCUGAGUGAGUAUUACGCUGACUGGCCGCCGUACGACUCGGGGAAGUCGGAAACGCUGCGAGAACUCAGGGAGUUGGUUCGAGAACAAUUGGAUCUACUCGUUGAAUAA